UCCCUUGCUAGGAUGAACUGGGCUGAGAGUGAGCAGAACUGCUCUGGGAUGGGCUCCCAGCUGGUGGUGAUCAACAGCAAGGCAGAGCAGGAAUUCCUCUAUGAGCAGAUAAAACAACCUCCAAGAAGAGACGAUUACUACAUUGGACUGUUUGCAGAGAAGGUGGGCCAGUGGCAGUGGGUGGACAAGACUCCAUAUAAUGUGACAGCAGCGUUCUGGAGAAAACAUGAACCAAGUCGUGGCGUUGGUGAGAACUGCACUGUAAUCCAGAAUCCUGAAAAAAAUCUCAACAACUGGAAUGAUGUCAGAUCAGAUAAGGAGCAUUAUCGAAUUUGUGAAGCUUCUGCUGUAACUGUGUGA